GUUUUUCACAUAUCUUCAAUUGUGCCUUGUAUUGUGAAGAAAAUAUAAAAGCUAAUUAAAAUAUUACAAACAGAUCAUUCACAUUGGUGGGAAAAGUAUAAACGUAUACAAUUGACCUGACCGAGUUACGAAUAUAAUGAUUUUGAAAAUACUAUAUAAUAUAAAAUAAUAGAACGUACUAUUUAACGAUCAAGUUUAAAUUUUCGUCACUAUUGACAUUGACAAAAGACAAGGUUAUAAUCUCGUAAUAAUUAUUACCUUAAAAUUCGUUUUAUUAGUUACAAAUAUAUCUUUGUCUCGUUUCCUCAAUAGACUAAAAGGUUGUCUCUUUUUAACAGAAUAGUCAGAGGGCAACAGCUUCUUACGUUUUGCUCUAAGCGCGUUUCUCUCUUUCAAAAAAUCCGGACUGGUCCCUGAACACUCGUGCACGUCGGUCAUUCUGACAGUUACUGUAUGUGAUUUCCCGUUGAUUUUCUGCUUGCUAUGAUCUGUUCCUAUUGGUAGGGAUCUUUCUGUAAGCAAAUUAACAAGCCAAUUAAGUAAAUCGUAUAGAAAUUAAAUGGUAAAAUCAAUUAUCGAAAUCAGUUAACAACAACGAUUUAUAACCUCAAAAAUCAGAGGCAUCGAUUGAUGGGCGUUUAGACAACGAUUUAGUGCGUUCUACCGGAAACGGUCGAGUUGCGUGCCCCUUCGUAAAAUAUAGAAUUUCAACGAAAUGAAGGAACCUGAGGUGGACCCAAAGAAUAUUAUAAAAAGCAGGGAAUUACUCUACAGGCUUAUGAUCAGCCAAUUAUUUUAUGAUGGACAUCAAACAUUAGCCGUACAACUGUCAAACAUAAUUCAAGCAGAACCUCCGUGUCCACCAUCGGAUCGUUUACUUCACUUAAUGUUAAUUGGAUUGGCCCAUGAACCUGACCGUUCGAAGAAAGAUACAACUAACAUAUCUACAUUUUCAUCGACUUUUGAUAAUACUUUGGGGCCUGGUUUAGACUUGGAAUUUGAAACAGAAGCUCAAACACAAGCUCCAGAACCAGCACAAUAUGAGACUGCUUAUGUUACAUCGCACAAAGGAAAUUGCAGAGCAGGAGCAUUCUCUGCGGAUGGUCAAUUGAUAGCUACCGGUUCAGUGGAUGCAUCUAUUAAAAUUCUGGAUGUUGAUAGAAUGUUGGCCAAGUCAGCUCCGGAUGAAAUGGCACCCGGCGAUCAGACGGGUGGUCACCCAGUUAUAAGAACGUUGUACGACCAUUUAGAAGAAGUUACUUGCCUAGAGUUUCAUCCGAGGGAACCUAUCCUUGUAUCUGGCAGUAGAGAUUUUUCCAUAAAGCUGUUUGAUUUCAGCAAAGCCAGUGUUAAAAAAGCAUUUAGAACUAUUACAGAUGCAGAUCAAAUACGAUGCUUAUCUUUUCAUCCAACUGGUGACUUCCUAGUCGUUGGAACUAAUCAUCCAGUUGUAAGAUUAUACGAUGUUAACACGGCACAGUGUUUUGUCUGUAGUAUACCCAACCAUCAACACACUGCUGGAAUAACCAGCAUCAAGUACUCUCCGGACGCGAAAACGUACGCGUCCGCCGGUAAAGAUGGAAGUAUAAAAUUAUGGGACGGUGUGUCGAAUCGAUGUAUAAACACGUUCGUGAAGGCGCACGACGGUUACGAAGUAUGUUCAGUAACAUUUACGAGAAACGGAAAGUAUUUACUGUCAUCGGGAAAAGAUUCCCUGAUAAAAUUAUGGGAGUUAUCGACUAGCAGAUGUUUGAUAGCGUAUACAGGUGCUGGAACUACAGGCAAACAAGAACACAAAGCACAAGCUAUUUUUAAUCACACCGAAGAUUAUGUAAUGUUUCCCGAUGAAGCAACAACAUCGUUAUGCGCGUGGAAUUCUCGAAAUGCGUCUAGGAAACAAUUACUGUCCUUAGGACACAAUGGUCCAGUGAGAUUGAUUGUGCAUUCGCCAACUGCUCCCGCAUUCUUGACGUGUAGUGAUGAUUUCAGAGCAAGAUUUUGGUUUAGAAGAAUGCCGACUCAUUAAAUCGAUGUCGAGAUCGAGAGGACACAUAUGUUGGAAUUAGUUAAAACAUUCGCUGUGCCGAUAUAUACUGUUUGUGAUUUCGAGUACAGACAGUGACGACUGAAAGUAUCGAAACAAACAAUUAGUAAACAACAUAAUGUAUGAAAAUGUGUGGAAAAUUUGUACAAAAAAAUCUGCUGUACAAUGUUCUUCAGUGGUCAAUAUUCAACUAACGUGCCUUGACGUAAGGAAAGUUCUUCAUUUCGGUAAUUUCUCUUGAAAUGAUAUGGAAUGAUAUGGAAUUGAAUUGAAAAACUAUUGAUUUGAAAUAUUGUACAUAUCCGAUGCAUUUUACUUUAAACUAAAAUAGAACAAUGACAUUAUUUUCCUUUGAAAAACCAAUUUAUAUUGAUGUUAAGAUUUAGUGAUGCUCGAAACAUGUAUGAGGAGGAGAGAUGGAAUUUCUGCGU